AUCUCUGGUGGUUGCAAAUGCUGGGGAUUGCAGGGCAGUACUUUCUCGUCGGGGAAAGGCGAUCGAGAUGUCUAGUGACCAUAAGCCCUCCUGCAUGGGGGAGAGGAAGAGGAUAGAAGCUACCGGCGGCUUUGUGUAUGAUGGCUAUCUCAAUGGACAGCUCAAUGUGGCCCGGGCCCUCGGAGAUUGGCACAUGGAAGGGAUGAAGGUUGCUGAUGGACUGGGACCGCUUAGCGCCGAACCGGAGGUGAGGAAGAUGAAGCUCACUGAAGAGGAUGAGUUCCUCAUCAUUGGCUGCGAUGGAAUCUGGGACGUCUUUCGUAGCCAGAACGCGGUCGACUUUGCUCGUCGAAAGCUGCAAGAACACAAUGACCCUGCCACUUGCUGCAAGGACCUGGUCGAUGAGGCGCUCAAGCGGAAGAGCGGUGAUAACCUGUCCGUGGUCGUCGUCUGCUUCAACUCAAUUCCACCUCCUGCCUUGGCUGCCCCAAGGCCUCGAGUGCAGAGGAGCAUAUCAGCUGAAGGUCUCAAGGAGUUGCAGAGCUUCUUGAAUAGCCUUGGCAAUUGAAUUCCAUCUCUUAGAGAUGUGACUGUUGUAGAACUUACUACUUGCAGAGAUUUUUUGUUCAAGUGUAACAUAUGCGGCUGCUUGUCUCCUUAUUUUAAAUAUUUGAGCUUUCUAUGUCUGUAUUGGGAAUCUUUAAGCUAUGUUUUGUUCUUGUUAUUAUGAGUACCCCUUUAUUUAUUUUUUAGCUGAAGAAGGAUUGGCAAUAAACAAUGGGUUAUAACGAAAGCUUUAUUACAUUUGAGGGCCA